AUAACAAUAACAUUGAUCAUGCGACUGCAAUCUUCUCCUACGCUGGGUGUUGUCUUCUCAUGCACUUCCACUCUAAUGCCAACUCCUUUGGCUCAUUUCCACACUUACAAUUGCUCUUCAAUUUCGGCUCAUGUCCCUAUGUUAAUCCAAACACAAAUGAACCCUCCUCUCAAAAUUCCAACUUUUCCUCGUAAAUCCAUCCAAACCAAUACCUUGAAGGAUAUUUGUCUUCGAGGAAACCUCAAGGAAGCAUUUCAAUCGCUAACAGUCUCAUUCAAUGAUCACCCAAACGAGACUUAUGGCGCUGUUCUUGAUAUUUGUGCUCACAAGAAAGCUCUUUAUCAAGGGCUACAGAUUCACGCCCACAUGAUAAAGUCUUGCUCCGUGCCCGAAUCCGUGUUUUUAGGGACUAAGCUUGUGUUUAUGUAUGGGAAAUGCGGGUCAGUUGAGAAUGCUGAGAAAGUGUUUGAUAAAAUGGGUCAACGAAGCAUUUUCACUUGGAAUGCUAUGAUUGGAGCUUAUGUUUCAAAUGGGAAGCCUUUUGAAGUUUUUGAAACCUAUAAAGAGAUGCGGGUUUUGGGUGUUUUUCUUGAUGCAUAUAGCUUUCCUUCUCUGCUUAAAGCUAGUGGUUUGCUUAAAAAUCUCUACUUAGGAGCUGAAAUUCAUGGCCUGGCUGUCAAGUUUGGGUAUGAUUCUGUUGUUUGUGUUGUCAAUUCUUUAGUUUCUAUGUACGCGAAAUGUAACGAUCUUUGUGGAGCAAGGAAAUUAUUCGGGAGAAUGGUUCAAAAACAUGAUGUAGUUUCAUGGAAUUCUAUAAUUUCAGCAUACUCUUCAAGUGGAAAAUCUAGGGAAGCAUUGGAACUUUUCAGGGAAAUGCAAACGGCUGGUCCUGACUCAAAUACUUACACCAUCGUUGCUUCUCUUCAGGCUUGUGAGGAUUAUUCAUUUAGGAAAUUAGGUAAGGAGAUACAUGCUGCUGUGUUGAAAUCAGCUCACCUUAUCGAUGCUCAUGUUGCCGGUGCUUUGGUUGCCAUGUAUGUCAGGUGUUGUAAGAUGAGUGAGGCUGUAAGAACUUUUAACGAAUUGGACGAAAAGCAUAAAGUAGCCUGGAAUUCUCUGCUUACAGGGUUUAUCCAAAAUGGUAUGUACAGUGAAGCUUUGCAUUUCUUCCAUGAUUUUCGGAAUGCUGGUGAAAAACCUGACCAGGUUACAGUGAUAAGCAUCCUACUAGCUUGUGGGCGAUUGGGAUACUUAUUGAAUGGUAUGGAAUUGCAUGCUUAUGCAAUAAAAAAUGGGUUUGAUUUAGAUUUGCAGGUUGGAAAUACACUUAUAGAUAUGUAUGCAAAGUGUAGUUGUGUGAACUACAUGGGCUAUGCCUUUAAUAGGAUUCCUGACAAAGAUUUAAUUUCUUGGACUACAGUUAUUGCUGGCUAUGCUCAAAACAGUUAUGGUUUAAAGGCUUUCGAAUUGUUUCAAGAAGUGCAAUUAGUUGGUAUUGAUGUUGAUCCCAUGAUGAUAGGUAGUGUACUGAUGGCUUGUAGUGAACUGGCAUGUGUGUCCCAAGUGAAAGAAAUUCAUGGUUACAUUAUAAGAAGAGGCUUGUCUGAUAUUGUGCUACAAAACAUGAUCAUUGAUGUAUAUGGAGAAUGUGGAAGCAUAGAUUAUGCUGUGCGAACAUUUGAGUUGAUCAGGUUUAAGGAUGUUGUGUCUUGGACAAGCAUGAUUUCUGCUUAUGUCCACAAUGGGCUUCCUAAUGAAGCUCUUGAACUGUUCCAUAUCCUGAUGAAAACUAAUAUUAACCCUGAUUCUAUAGCAUUAAAGAGCGCACUCUCUGCUGUUUCCAGCUUGUCUGCCGUGAAGUAUGGGAAAGAAAUCCACGGCUUUAUUAUCAGGCAAGAUUUUAUUCUCGAAGGAUCCAUUGCCAGCUCUCUUGUGGAUAUGUAUUCUCGCUGUGGAAUGGUAGAGAGUGCACACAAGAUAUUUAAGUCUGUUCAAAGCAAAGAUUUAGUUCUAUGGACAAGUAUGAUAAAUACAUAUGGGAUGCAUGGCUAUGGAAAAAUAGCCAUUAGUUUAUUCAAUAAAAUGAAGGAAAACCUCACUCCAGAUCAUAUUGCUUUUUUGUCAGUUUUAUAUGCUUGCAGUCAUUCAGGACUGAUUGAUGAAGGUAGACUAUUUUUCCAGAUCAUGAAAUAUGAAUAUCAAUUGCAACCGUGGCCAGAGCACUAUGCUUGUUUGGUUGAUCUCCUUGGUCGAGCUAAUUGCUUAGAAGAGGCAUAUGAAUUUGUGAAAAACAUGCAGAUGGCACCUACUGCUGAAAUUUGGUGUGCAGUCCUUCGGGCUUGUCAAGUACACUCAAAUCAAGAACUAAGAGAAAUUGCAGCCCAGAAACUUUUGGAGUUAAACCCCAAGAAUCCCGGACAUUAUGUGCUUAUUUCUAAUGUCUUUUCAGCAGAAGGAAGAUGUAAAGAUGCUGAAAAAAUUAGAACUAGAAUGAAGGAGAGAGGCCUGAAGAAAAGUCCUGGAUGUAGUUGGAUUGAGGUAGGGAACCAGAUUCAUACUUUCAUGGCAAGAGACAAGUCUCAUCCCGAGUGUCAUCAGAUAACCAAAAAAUUGGAUCAAAUCACACAAAAAUUAGAGAAGGAAGGAAGUUAUGUGCCUCAAACAAAGUUUGUUUUGCACAAUGUGGAAGAAAAUGAGAAAGUUAAGAUGCUGUACGGGCACAGUGAACGAUUGGCCAUUGCAUAUGGAUUGCUCAAGAAUGCUGAGGGAACCCCCAUCCGGAUUACAAAGAAUCUCCGUGUCUGUGGUGAUUGCCAUACUUUCUGUAAGCUAGUUUCGAAAUUCUUCAGAUGUGAACUUCUUGUGAGGGAUGCAAAUAGAUUUCACCAUUUUGAGGAUGGGAUUUGUUCCUGUGGGGAUUUUUGGUGACUGUUGCAUCCAAUUCUUUGAAUCA